AUGACAGAUAAACAAACAAUUACUAUUCAACCUACUUGCCCUGAAAUGCUUGAAGAUAUUUUCAAGGCUUCCUACACUAAAUCAGAUGAAGAAGCAACAACAAAUUCUGAAGAAUGUGGGUAUGACUUCAUUCCAUUUAAAGUAUUAGAAAAGUACAAUGAGAAUUAUGUUGUAGAUGGAUUACAUGCACCAGCAUUCUCUAUUUUUGAUAUUAAAUGGGAUGAUCAAUCUUAUCUCAAUUCACAUACUCAAGGAGUAGAUUAUUCAGCUAUUCAAUCAGCAACAAAGAAAGUAUACCAAACUGUCUUUAAAGGACCAUAUGAUAUGAAUUAA